CUCCCAGCCUCUCUUACUCUCCGCCGUCGCCCUGCUCGCCCGAAGCAGCCGCCGGCAAAAUGGCCCCGAAGAGAGGCGGUAGGGCGCCGGUCCCCGCCAAGAAGAAGGCGGUGGUGACGAACCCGCUCUUCGAGAAGAGGCCGAAGCAGUUUGGGAUCGGCGGCGCCCUUCCGCCCAAGAAGGACCUCCACCGCUUCGUCAAGUGGCCCAAGGUCGUGCGCAUCCAGCGCCAGCGCCGCAUCCUCAAGCAGCGCCUCAAGGUGCCCCCGGCGCUCAACCAGUUCACACGUACCCUCGACAAGAACCUUGCAACAAACUUGUUCAAGAUGCUUCUUAAGUACCGCCCCGAGGACAAAGCUGCCAAGAAGGAGAGGCUCUUGAAGAGGGCCCAGGCUGAAAACGAGGGGAAAACUGUUGAGUCAAAGAAACCAAUUGUUGUGAAGUACGGCCUUAACCAUGUGACUUACCUCAUCGAGCAGAGCAAGGCCCAGCUGGUUGUCAUAGCUCAUGAUGUUGAUCCGAUCGAGCUGGUCGUGUGGCUCCCGGCCCUUUGCAGGAAAAUGGAGGUUCCAUACUGCAUUGUCAAGGGAAAAGCACGCCUUGGAUCGAUCGUUCACAAGAAGACUGCAUCUGUUCUUUGCUUGACCACCGUCAAGAACGAGGACAAGCUUGAGUUCAGCAAAAUCCUGGAGGCUAUCAAGGCUAACUUCAACGACAAGUUUGAUGAGGUCAGGAAGAAGUGGGGUGGUGGUAUCAUGGGCUCCAAAUCACAGGCGAAAACCAAGGCCAGGGAAAAGCUGCUUGCCAAGGAAGCUGCCCAGCGGAUGACCUAAGUCUUGUCCUGUUAAAUUAAAAUUUUCGUGUACUUGCGAUCGUGUGCAAUCACGGUGGUUGUCAGAUCUAGUUUUUGAGAGUUUUGCUUCAGGGAGAGACACCGAGUCACCGACCAUGACAGAAAGACAUCAUGUAAGAAUUCAAAGUUUUGGUUCUGUACCAUCUAGUUCAUGUGAAUCAUCUUCUAUGAUGGCUAUGAUGUUUAUGCGCAUAGCUAUUUCAGAAUUAAAUGUCAUUUUAUCAUGUAUUGCCGCCUGCAAUUUGCAUGAUUUGACUUCCUACAGUACGAACGAAUGUACCUGAAGGUUUUCCUCCAAGCUGAUGAAAUGGCCAGAUUUCUGCUGCACUGUACCUGCUGUAAUGUAAUGAGAUUUAUGCACUUGUAACGGUAUGAUAUUUACCAUGCGACUGAUAUGAUAUUUACAAUGCUGCUUCACUAUUUCCU